UGUUGUUGUUGUUGUUUCUGUGUUUGUUUGUUGUUAUUCAUGUCUACUCAGACAUACAGGGGGUUGGACUGGAUGGCCCUUGUGGUCUCUUCCAACUCUAUGAUUCUAUGAUUCUAUAUGUACCACUGAAUUGAGCUGGGCUUUCUCCCAGGUCUGUGGCCAUAGGACUGCAGCCUGAAUAUCUCUUUGCAAUAAUGACCUCAUUUAAAAUCAAAUCUGACUUUAACAUAAACCAGCAUGUUAAGCAGAGCAAUCCGUACUGGGGCAGAGAACAGAGGGAUGGGCUAGAGCAGAACAGUGAAUCCUACUGGCUUGUGCUGGUCAGGACAGUCUAUGCCAGCUCCAGGCUGGUGGUAGAGGUCCUGAAGAACAGGUCCCUUGGCGAGAUUCCCAUGGGUUUAGAUUCUGCGGAUCCCCACCCUGAAAGGCACGUUGGGGCCUUCUGCUGGCUACUUCUUCCCAUCCAUCUGGGUGGUGCUGAUAUUUCCACCACAGGGGAGGUCAGCGGAGAGGCAACUAUGCACUGUCCAGUCCCACAGCCACAUCAACAUGGAGGGUGUGCAUGCGUGCGUGCUGGAAUUGCACCGAAAGUCUGCCUUUAAAAACCAAACCCAUGAGUACGAUGGCCAGAUGCAUUGUUCAGAAGAGGGGAGCUUCAGCAGUUGUAGCGUACAUGACAGCUAUUAAAGGUACAGGAAUCCUAUCUGGUUUUGCAUCUGGCCACCCUAGAGACAGGUAAACAGAAAUCCAUUCAUUUUCACCAUUGCUCAUAUUGUCUCUAAUCAAUCAAUCAAUACGUCCAAAGGUGUUUGUUUAUGCGCCUAGAUUGUAUAAAGGUUUUAUUCUGUGUUAAACCAAUACAUUUUAAUUAUCGUGGUAGUCGUAUAGUAAUUAUUAUGGUAGUAUACAUACAAUUGUUCAAAAAGUAUAACUUGCACAAUAGAAUUUUUUUUGUUUUAAAUCAGUUGUUCAAAUUGAUACAUUUUUCUUGGUAAUUACAGCAUGGAUCAAAAUCACAUUUGUUUUAACUCACCCACCCUGCGCUGAUAAGGUGGGGCUAACAGCGCAGUAGGAAAGUGUUUUGCUGUGGGACUUAUUUCUUGAGGACUAUCGCUUGAAAAGUUAGUUGCAAAUGUGCCUCCAUAAUAAGGAUGUUUAAAAGUGAUAAAGGUACAUUUUUCUAUUCUUUUAGUGGAUGGUUAGCAAGCAGGGUGGGCGUUCUGGUCCUUGCUAGUGAAUUCAAGGACACGUAAUCAGGGUGUAGCAGUGAAUUAAAAAGAGCCUACAAAGUUCUUUUGCGUUGCCUCUGCUGUCCUUGCAUGUGGGUUUCCCCUCCACUCUGACUUUGCUGAUGCUCCUCUGUCUGUUCCUACCCUUUCCGAUCCCAGCUUAGGCCUCUCUCUUGAGCGUUUAGCAGCAGGCCUGCUGGAUAGCAUAGCAGUUUUGCAAUAUGAAUACCCCACCCAAAAUUGUCCCAGUGGGCAGGGCAGACUCAGUGACUUCAGCAGCACUUAGCAAAUGAAUGAUGGGAACGGAGCGUCUCCAUGCACAGCCAAACACAUGUGCAUCUUGUCUAGUCCCACACAUGCCCCGGAGCAGAGAAAUGACUUUGAAUGCUCAACAGCCCAGUAUUUUAGACUCCCUUCCCCUCCUCCUGCAGUCACAAGACCUUGACAGCGGCCUGAGGAACGGGUAAUGUUCUGAGACGCCACAAGGAUCUCGGCGAAGAGGGUUGAUCUGCUGUAGGAAGCAAGCUCUGAAAGAUAGAAGAAAUAAUACUUAGUUGUUCCUCACGCGUGGAAAAAGGAAAUGAAAUAUGGAAUGAUAUGGAUAAGAUUGCCAAGCCUUAUGUCUCAGUGGCCCAGCAGAUGGCACCCCCGAGUCCCAGUGGCAGCAGCAACAACAACAGCAGCAGUAGCAGCAGCAGUGGGCCAGGCGGCGGAGGCGGCGGAGGGGACCAGCUGAGCAAAACGAAUCUGUACAUCCGGGGCCUGCACCCGGGUACCACAGACCAGGACCUUGUCAAGCUGUGCCAACCAUAUGGCAAAAUUGUCUCCACCAAGGCCAUCCUGGACAAAACGACCAACAAAUGCAAAGGCUAUGGCUUUGUGGAUUUUGAUAGCCCCACGGCUGCCCAGAAGGCAGUGACUGCACUCAAAGCCAGUGGGGUUCAGGCCCAGAUGGCCAAGCAACAGGAGCAGGAUCCCACCAACCUCUACCUGUCAAACCUGCCUCUGGGCAUGGACGAGGCUGAAUUGGAGUCAAUGCUGAAGCCCUUUGGACAAGUCAUCUCCACACGCAUCCUUCGCGACGCCAGCGGCACCAGCCGGGGGGUCGGCUUUGCCAGGAUGGAGUCUACAGAAAAGUGUGAAGCUAUCAUCACGCAUUUCAAUGGCAAAUAUAUCAAAACACCUCCAGGGGUCCCAGCACCUCCAGAUCCAUUGCUUUGCAAAUUUGCUGAUGGCGGCCAGAAGAAGCGCCAGAAUCAGGGCAAAUACGUACAGAACGGGCGAGCUUGGCCACGGGAGAAUGACACGGGUGGGAUGACCUUGACCUAUGACCCCACAACGGCGCUACAAAAUGGGUUCUACACAACACCCUACAGCCUGGCCCCUAACAGGAUGAUUGCCCAGACUGCGCUCUCUCCUUAUCUCCCGUCACCUGUUUCUUCCUACCAGGUUCACAGCCCGUCAUGGAUGCACCAUCAGUCAUACCUCAUGCCGCCCACGGGCACAGUGCUGACACCUACCAUGGACCACGCGAUUUCCAUCCAGCCCACUUCCAUGAUGGGGCCCCUAACUCAGCAGCUGGGCCACUUGUCCCUCAGCAGUGCUGGCACGUACAUGCCAGCAGCAGCUAUGCAAGGAGCCUACAUCCCCCAGUACACACCUGUGCCUUCCUCUAGUGUUGCAGUUGAGGAGAACAGUGGCCAGCAGAGCCAUGUGACAGUGGAGUCCCCAUCGGAUCAUGCUGCCUACUCGUACCAGUACAACAAGUAACAACAGCACCAUUGAGCAGCUCAGCUCUGAGCAAUCACUUCGAGGGAGACAACUUUUAUUUUUGUUUAAUUUGUGCUGCGUUUAGAAGAUGGAACCAUUUUUUUUCCUGCAAAGAAAAAAGGUUGUUUUUGUUUUUGUUUGUUUUUUUAAAAAAAGGAUAUAACCGCAAUAGACUUUUGACACCGAGGAACCAAAGGAGGUUAGUGUGGGGGUGGAAAGGAUAUGGCCCCCCGACCCUUAGAUGUACAGAUGGACUAAGGACUAUUUUAAUACAAGGAAAACAUUUUUUGUGUGUGCGUGUGCGUGUGUUUGCGCGUUAAUUUUCUUGUUAACAGCAAAGUCAAACGCUUUGGAUGCCACAAAAUUCCCCAGAGAAGAACAAUUGCUAUUGUUAUUUUUUUCCUCGCUCUCUUUUUUGGAAAGAUGGCUCUCCAACUCUGGGAGGAAUUUUUUUGCUCCUUUGAAUUUGUUUUGUUUUAUUUUCUUUGGUCAUUUAAAAGAUUUUUUAAAGGACAAAUAUGCAAAAGUGUUUGAAUAUUUUUUUUGUUGUUUUAUAAGAAAAAAAAAUGCUCUGAGAAAGCCCCACCUCGCAGCUGUUAGGAAAAAAAAAAUCAAUGCAGACUUCUUUUCUUCUUCCUUGGGGGUGGGAGUGGGGAGGGGUGGGAAUUUUGCUUUGAAAGGAUUAUUUUAUUAUUUCAAGAGGGAAUUUUUUUUUCUAAAAAAGACAAAUUUACAAAAAAACAAAAAAGGAAACCUACAAAAAAAAACCUACAAAAAAAUGAAAACUACAAAAAAAAUAUGAACUUUUGACGGCAGCAAGAGGGGCUUGCAUAAUAACUUGUCAAGUUGGAGGGAGAUGAAGUGGCUGGUGGCUUUUGAUGAACGGACUAUUUUGCGGGGGGGCAAAAGUUCUGCCCCAGCUGAGAGAGAGAGAGAGAGAAAGAAAGAAGGAAGGAAAGAAACAAAGUUUGCUCCAGACUUCGAUUUCUGCCCUCUACCCCGUCCGAUGGGACCGGUUCUUACUGGAUUGCUUUGGACUCUGUUUUGAGCUUCUGCGCAGACCCUUCUUUGCUUUCACACGGACUUCCCCCCUCGCCCGCCCUGCUCUGGAUCAGGGGAACAAUAAACUGAUUGAGGAACCUGCUGCCCCGUGGUGUGUCGUCGCUUCUGGACUCUUGGACACUGAAUGGACGCAUUGCCAGCAACAGAGCUUCGCCCUCCUGCCCUCUCCUGCCCCAUCUCCCGACCCGACCCUUGGGACACACACACACACAGUGCCUUCUGCUGCCUGCGGUCCGGACUGUGCUGCCGUAUGCCCCCCCCCCUCCCCGACUCCUGCAUGCCUGUCAAACCCAGGUGCACAGAGUGUCUCUUUUUUCUUGGCAAACCAGUUGGGGGCGCAGAGGCCGAUGCUUCCAGCUGGCGGGGAUUUGGGGGUGGGGUGGGGAGGUCUGUUCCGGUUGCUUUAAAAACAAAACAAAAAACCCACACACAAAACAGGGAGCGUCUAGCACCUUGCAGGGGGUGGCUGAGUUCCCCACCCCCCCACCUCGAAACGGAUAUCCUAGUUACUAUGCACGUUUCCCUUCCUCACCCCCUCACCCAAACAAGCCCUUGGUUGCUGGCUCCCCAGAUUCGCAAUAGCAGGAGACUAUGUGCAAUAAUCCGGCCCUUCCUACAGCGCGUUUCCCUGGAGAGCCUCUCGAAGGUACCAAGUGCUUUAGACACCUCUGCAUGUUUUCUCUCCGUUUUAUCCCUCCCCCCCCCCAAAAAAAAUCCCGCUUUCUCCCAACCAGAUGGUGCUAAAAGACUUAUCCUCUCUUCCACCAUAAAAUCAGCCCGGCUGGCAUGAAGCUGACCCUUUUCACCUUGUUUUUAGACGUUGCUUCCCACCCACCCCCCUCUAGAUGUGAUCAUGAGAAGCCUUUCCCCCUCCUCCUUUCUUGAUGCCCAACUCAUACCUUUGAUGAAAUAGCUCUUAUGCAGCUGACAAUCAGGGAGGACUAAUUGCAGAGGCCAUACGGGUGUCAUGUGAGCCAGGGAUUGAGAGCGUGGAAGUGUGUGUGUGUGUGUGUGUGUGUGUGUGUGUGUGUGUGGUACAUGUAGGAUGGCAUUGGGAAGAAGGUAUCCCUGCAGAACUGGGCUUUUUUGGUUUGGGUUUUAAUUUUGCAUUUCUCAGGACAUUUGUAUUUUCUUUCCUUUUUAAAGGAUUUCUACUUUGUCCUGACUGUUAAGUGGGAUCAGGUUUUUCCUCCCUAACAGGAGUGUUUGAGGUUUUGGAAAGAUAAAGGUUCAUUACCCCCCCCCCACCUUGCAUAGCUCCUUGCGUGCUUCUUUGUUGUCUGUCCUCAGCCACACACACACACACACACACACACCCCAAUUUGCACCCUUAAUUGGUGGCAACGCAGGACUGAGGCACCCCCAUUUAAUACCUCAGAUAUUGGCAAGGGAGGGGUUCUCGGUGUAAGCAACUGGAAUCCCUGCUUGUAACAUCAGUCGAUUCCCAGAAUGCUGUUUUUGUGCCCCUUCCCUGGCCUGGAGCUUAGACUGAAUCAAAUUAAGCUGACGAUUUACCCCAAGGUGCUGAGCUAAACUGAAGUGCCUUCAUUUGGCCAUAGGGCCCCCCGCUCACCUUCAUCGCUGCAAGCUUUUCGGCAGCGGCUAGACUGACUUCUGCAGGGUGAGGCCUAACAGCCGACUGAGUAGAGAUUUAGGCCAAAAUUAAUCAGCAAAAGGUGUUUCUGUUGAACCUUGCCUGUCACAAUAUUUCACUAAAAGGGCCAAAAGGGCACCAGAGAUAUAUGGGUGCAGAACAACUCCCCCUACGCACAUCAUCAUCCUGUUUUCCAAGUGGCAGUUUCCAGAAAAUGAGAGCUGGUUGUCUCUCCCCCCCCCCCCAACUCAGUCUUUACUUCACUUGGGUGCCCGCACACCACAGCAUUCAAAAACGUAGUUUCGGUUUAGCACAUGACACACCCAACCUGUGCCGUCCACAGCAGUUCCUUAGGAUCAGGCUGUAAACAGAUUCAGGCUAAAUGAAUUGGUUUUCUAGUGUGCUCCAAAUCUGGACAGCAACCCAAAUAAUACUUUUGGUCUGCACAAACAUUUCCAUUCUCGCACCAGAUUUCCUGAUAUCCCAACCGCACUGCCACAAAAAAUAUAAAAAAAUACAUUGCACAGCAUCAGAAGCCACUUUCCAUGUUUUCGGCUGAGUCCGCUUUGCAAUCCCUCUUGAUCACACCAAUCCAUUAGGAAGUUUUGUUUGGAUAGACAUGGCUAGAAGCUUCACAGGAGCACUUCUGCCACUGCCGUUAAUUUUAAUGCAACUUGCGCAGGAUAAUUUCCUUGCGGGUUCUGCUUGUCCAACAUGAUCAGAUGUGUUGGUAUUUCAGGCAUAUGGUAGUACGUAACUGCUUAGAGAAUCCCAGGUUUUGAAAGAAGAGAAAAAAGGAGCAUGGAGAUUUGUGAAAACAGUAUAUUGAGCCUUCUCUUAGAUUUACGUCUGAUUUAUUGCAUACCAAGAACUAAUUAAGUAUGUGAGCAUGAAAUUAUGUUCCCCUCCUAUAUUGGUUAUUUUAAUCACCGUUUUAUAUAAGGCUUCUGAUAACAAAGUUUGAAUGGAUAAACUCAGAUAAAUUAGCAAAGCUUGAAAUACACUAGAUAUAGACAUUCGAUGCUGGUGGCCAAGGAUGUGAUUUAUUCAACCCAUGUAGGUAAGAUGGCCAUGGAAAAGCCUUGGUCUUCUUCAAAAGCAUGUCCUUAGAACUAAAUUGUAACAAUGGUUCAGUGCAAACAUGGUUCACAUUAAACAUGGUUCACAUUAACCAUGGCUUGCCGCCGCCUCUGAUUAGUAUUUCAGAAUAUACUGAAACCAUGGUCAGCUUCUGUUAACCUGCCCCUGGAGGGCAUGUAUAUAAUAAAACACCAGCAAGAUCUGCUUGCCAUCUUGCAGGCCGAAGGAUGGAGAAACUGUCUUAACCAUGGCUUGGUCAGUGCAGAAGGAACAUUUAACCAUGGUUUAGGCAUUCAUAUGUAAAGUAACACUUAAACCAUGGUUAAGGAAAACAAACCCCACUCAAAACAUGAUGUCUGUAUGGGAUUCCCACUAUCCCUUUUUUCAGCUUAAUUCAGUUUCGAUUAUGACCCUGCUCUGGUUCCACCUCUGCAGUGCUAGCAAAAUAUAAAACAAAGAAAUAAACUCCGUCCAGCAAAAGUUAGUUGUAGCCAAAGGUUCAAUCCUCUAGGUCCCAUGAAUUCAGUAAGUCAAGAUGCAUAAGAUUCUGUUUAGGGAAAUAAGGAACACAGCAAAGUCUGACAGCAUUGUGAAGUGCGUAGGGAUGCAGUUGCAGAUAUUAAUCUAGAUGUACAUCUGGAUGCAAUAUUUAUCUGGGUCUUACUGGAAUGCAUAUGCACCUGAAACUGCCCAUUUGUCAUUUGUGACUAGUGUCUAGAACAAGAGCUGGUUUGGAGGCAAGGAAUUCUCGGUAUCAUGGAUACAAAUACUUCUGUGCUGGUUUCAGAGUGACUGUGCAUCACCCUCCAUGAAAUAAUUUCUGCUUUCAAACCUGGGUCUGCAGUCUUUCGCCUUCCUAGUGGGGUUGCUGUGCACGUCACAGAUUUAGUGGAUUACGAAUCUUUUGGGGAUUAAAUCCCAGUUCAGAAAGGAGUGUAUUUUGGAAAGUUGUGGGAAUGGUCUUUUCAAUGUGUGUGCCUGUGUUUCAUGGCUGGCACGCAGCUAUAUUAUUAAAUAAGUUUCAUUUCCCAAAACUGAGGUUGACGUCCAUCUCGGCAGUAGCUACGUUGCAAUGUUUUCCUAGGCUAGUUGCAUUUUACUUCUGCGUUCCUUCAUCUCUCUCGCUGCCCUGAAAGACUUGGCUUUACUAUAGGGUCAGCAUUUCACAGACCGUAUCCGUCUUAUGCUAGGGACUCCAAUCUAUUUGCUGGAAAGUCUCUCUGCAUUUGUUCAAGAGGAGCUGCCCUGCGCAGCCAGCAGCACAAAACUAAACAGAUGCCAUGCAGCAACACACUUGGCAACCCCCUACGAAUCUCUUCCAUCCAGGUUUGAGUGCAGGAUUCUGUGCGUACGAGCCAUCCUAACCCACUGCCCCAGUUUUCUGGAUUGGGGCAAAUUGCUUAGCUGUUACCCAGGCAUCCUUCUCAUCCUCGGCCUGUUUAAAAAAGUUGUUCUGCAGACUUGUUUCAUUUGCUUUCUCCUCCGGUGUGUUUAAGAGCUCCCUCUAUUCUAGCCCCCCCACCCCCAGAGCAAGCUUGCUUACUGGUCAGCCGCUCUCUCAUUUGGACUAGGAGGUAGCUCUUGGUGGAAAUGGGACGAGAGGAGGGAACGCAAAGGAAGGGAAGGGUUUGGGUGCCAUUUUGCAUCAAGGCAGCCUUUGGGACUGGAGAUGUAUUUGUGCAUGUCGAAACCCGGCAGAGGACAGACAGGAGCAGCCUCGACCUAAGCGUUCAUGCUGGUGUCCCUACCUCUUCUUUGCCCCAUUUUUCUUUUCUGUUUGCCAAAGAUAUAAACAAGGUCUCCUAGGGCUAACCUGGUGCCACUGCGUUUUUUAAAAGAGAGAACAAAAAUGGAGUGCGUUUUCUACCUGAGCAGAGUCUUAAGCCAGAUGCAGCUGUCUAUUAAGGCCCGGUCCCAUGCAGGAAGGAAGCAAGGACUGGUUUAACAACAGCAAAUAAACAAGAACGCGAGAGGAAGGGAGUCUGAGGGUGUGGGUAGUGAGGGCAAGGGAGAGAUUGUGGCCAGGGCUGGGUGGGUAAGGAGAAAGGAUAGGGUGUAAGGGAAGAAUUAGGGUAUGCGUACGGCUGGAUGCUAAUGCAGCGUGAGAGAAAGUAAGAUUGAAGUGGGGGAAAGGUGGACAUGCACAGACAUGAGAGAUUGUGUGCUGUGGGCCCAGAUAGAGACCCUACACUUCACCAUUGCAAAGCUUACCCAUGGUCUUAAGCCCUGUUCUCACUCCCCCUGCCUUCACUAAAGCACUCCCUAGCUUUUCUUUUCCUGAGCAGCACAUGGCAUUUGGGGCCAUGUAUUCCCCUUUGACCCCCAUCAUCCCAGGUCUGGAAGGAGGGUUGGCAGUUAGGAGAAACAUCUGAGAAUAUCCUCCGCGGGCUGCAGAGGCCAUACAUCGAAUGGCACCAUUCAUCCCCCCUCUGACCGAACUGGCAGGGAGACUCCUGGCUGCUUUCGUGCAGCACCUUUGCUUUGAACCCGAGCUGCAGCUUUCUCAUGGGAGACGAUGAGCAAAGCUUUCCGCUCACAUCCUCAUUGCUCCUUCCUACACUCUGGGAGUCGACCACUGCGCAAAAGCAUGAUUUGCGAGCAUGUGUGCGUAGCAUAGGGACCGGAGGCCAAAAAAAAGAGCAAAAACCCUGGGACCUAGGAGCAUGGACCUCUGAGCUGCUAGAUUUUUCUUUUAAUCUUGUGCCUUGAUUUCCCCUAUCCCAUUCUGCCAGUGGGGGGAACCAGUCCCUGCACUUUAAAUUUCCAGUCUAGUUAAGGCCUUUCCUGAUCUGCUCCUUCUCCACUUUGUGAAUGAAAGGACCUUGCAGCCUUGUCCCACUCUAUGCCCAACAAAGCCUCUGUGCUCUUCUCUGGCCCAGCUUCCCUCUGCACAAACCAGCCCACCCACCCACCCCCUCUUGUUCUCAUCUCCUGCAUCAUGCUUGCCCCACCCAGCCUUCCCACCAUGCUGGAAGAGGAGGAGGAAGCAGCUGGCUGCCUCAGAGACCUAGUAGACUGUAGAUGAGCCUCAAAACCUUUGUCUCUCCUAAAUGCUGGUAUCUUUUUAUUAUUAUUAAAAAAAACCAAGCUCCACCUCCAAAACUCUUUGCCUGCCGAUUCCAUGCUUGCAUCAAAACCCCGUCCUCCUUGGAAGUUAUUGGUGCUAUUUGGGGGAGCAAAUUAAAAGAAACCCGGUUCAGAACGCCCCUUCAUUUUUAUGCUCACCAGUUCCAGUUUUUUUGUCAUUUUUAGCUACACAUCUACCUCACAUGUACUUGCAGUUCAUUUGUACAUCCUGAACCGGCAAACUGCACCUUCUCCAGGGGGGGCAAGUUCCCCCACCUCACCCUUAGAAAACCCUCUGGGCUCCUCUGCUUUGUUUCUAGGGGGUGGGUGGAAGAGAAAUGUUUCUUU